CAACAGCUCGGGUACCAAAACUACGUCAUCUGUGGGGUUUUCCAAUUUCCAAGGUCGAAGUGGCUGUUAUCUUUUCUUCACUUUCACCAGUCUUAAACUAUGCAUUUUACAUAAAUGUGGAGGUGGAUACAUAGCCUGCCGAGGGCUAUACGACAGAAAUGUCACAACCAUUGUUCUGGAGCCUCGGCAGGCAUCAGUGUUGAAGAACAGCAUGAAACUGGGUGCAAGAAGGAGGUUAAUGAGGCUCAAAGCACCCACUUUCAAUGGAAGUGGCACUGCAAACCAGGUACUGAAAGCAACACUCAUAAAGAAGAGGAAAGUUCAAGACCAACUCAUGACUUUUGGAAUCUUGUAUAUGGGCCACGCACCACAUGUGAAGCUCUUGGAUUGGGUGGUGUUCUUGGAGCUGUAGUCCACCUUCACAGAGCACAUUUUGAGUACUUGAGAAAGAAAUAUGGCAGUCCUGAUACAUCCAACAAGUGCUGCCCUAUCAAUCAUUUACCAGUGCUGCAUGCCUUGCCUGGUGACAGACGUUAUCUGCACACCUCUAGCCAGAGUUCAGUCGCAGAUGCAAAAUCUACAGUGGAGAAAACUCCAACUAGACCGUCCAUUGUGAAAUCAUUGUGGAUAUUUGAUCCCCACACCCGCUCAAGUUUUUUCCAGACAGCUGCAAAGAAAUCCAAAAAGAAAUCAAAGAUUGAUGAAUCAAAAGCAGAUGCAUCUGUUAAAAACAAAAGUUGUAAACAAGACACGCAAGCUACUCGAGAAGAUCUUGGCUCGGUGUUUGCUGAUUUCUCUGCGGUCUGUGACAAGUACACAGCUACUGGUAAGGGUAUACAAGGAGCAGAGGCUGCUGAAAAUGGAGACUGGCAGCAAGCUGCACAACUGUGGAGAGAGUCCAGUGAUCUAGGAAAUACCAAAGCUAAAUUUAAUUUAGCUAUCUGUUAUGAACAUGGAAAAGGUGUUGCGGAGAAUAAAGCUGAGGCUGUGCGGCUGUACAGACAGGCAGCGGAAGACCUUCACCCUGAGGCCCUGUACAACCUGGGUCUGCUCUACAUGGAGGGGUCACCAUUGACACCUUGUGACCAUGCACAAGGGCUACAGAUGAUCACCACUGCAGCCGACCUGGGCCUCUCAAAGGCCCAGAGGUACCUGGGUGUCUUCUACACACAGGAGGACACAGAGGACCAGAAGAAAGCUGUCAAAUACCUCACCCUGGGGGCCAAUCAACAUGAUGUUGAGUGUGAGUAUGCCCUGGGCCUGUGCUACCAGCAUGGUGCGGGGGUGAGGAAGGACAUGCAGCGUGCCUACCAGCUCCUCUCACAGGCAGCUGAGCAUGCUCAUCCAGAGGCCACCUACUCCCUGGCCAUGUUCCACCAACAUGGACUCAUUGUACCCCAGGAUAUGGUUGCUGCAGAGAAGUUGACACAGAAGGCAGCUUCCCUGGGCUGUAUAGAGGCUAGAAAUGCCCUUGUAUCCUCUCGCAGAACACAAGAACAUCAACAGAAAAUAGCUCAUAUAAAAAUAGGGCAAACGGAGAAAGGCAAUGUUCCAAAGGAGGAGAAAUCUCACAAAACUCUGGGGUCCUGUAUGUCUUCACCGAGUUUAACAGACUUGCCAAAUGAACAUGUCCCGCAAAACAGUGCUAAAGGAAGCGCAGAUAACACUGGCAAACAUAUCUUGAAAAAUGGCUUUCAUCAGUCAAUAUCUGAAUGGUUAUCUGUGCUUCCACUAGGGUUCUCAUUAUCAUAUGAGAGAUUUAACUCUACUAAGCAGGGGGCUGAAAAUGGUCAAACUGGUUCUCUCAGAAAUAUAUAUGAUGAUGGUGUUGAGGCUGAGAGCAAUCAUGCAAAAGAAAACCAGGACUUAAACUGUUCUCUUCUUCACAGAAGAACAAAUACAAUGCCUAAUCUGAGCAUUGUGCAAUGUCCCUGAAUCAAUUAUAGUAAGGUCAUCUAUCAUCCAAUCAUUGAUUGUUAUUUGUGUGUGCCAUGAAAUGUUUCCACAGAAACAAACAAGAUAUAAUGUAUAUACUUUGCAGUUUUUUUUAAAUAAAAUUUGUGGAAACAA